AUGGCGAUCUUAAGGCAUUGGAAGUGGCUCCUCGCGGCCUCCAUCAUCCUCCCCCUAACCACUGCCGCCACAUUGCCCAGGUCUUCCCGAGGCGAAAAGUCACCUGUACGAGGCCAUGCCAUCGAAAAAGUCGACCUGGUGCUUUCGCAUGCUCAACCCCGAUUUUCGCAAGGGUUGAUGCUGUCCAACAAGCGGAUAUUGCCGGAUCAGCGGUUGUUCGGCGAUUUUUCCCCGGUCGGCUUCAACUAUGAGACAAGCGGUGAUGUCGUCCAGGUCUCAUCUUACCGAGCCUGCGACAACAAAAUGAAAGGCCCAGACUACACCCUGAAAGGUCACGUCGCGGUCCUCUUCUAUGACAUCGAGCCCUUCCUGGCCGGUUGCGUAGCCGUUGACAAUCAGGCGCGCUUCGCAGAAAACUCCGGAGCAGUCGCGUUGAUCGUCGGCCCAUCAUCCCGAGCCGCCGGCAUCAAAUCGAUUACGCCAAAAACCGCCCGCAUCCCGGUGGUCGUGCUCGAUGAUGCCGAAACCAAGAGACUCCAACAUGAGCUUAAUGAAGCCCAAAAAGAGGGAAUGGUCACGAAAAUCACCCUUCACUACGUGGAGACUCCAAGACCGGUUCAUACCUUGAGAAUUCAGGUAUUUCGCGCAACUCCGCUGAACCUGUGCCUCCUCGGGUUGUUGGUGCUCCUUGUGCUCUUUAUCUCAGUGCUGGUUUUUGUGAAGAUUCGCUGCAAACCAAAUGCGCAUCGUGACAUCUGGAUGCGAGCCAUGGCCAGAAAUGCGUUGCAUAAGAUGGAAGUUCGAAAAUAUUCAAAGAGCGCUAGCCACCGAAAAUCACAUCCAAAUCGAUUCCCGAAACUGUCAAGACCAAAUUAUUUACCUGUUUUUGGAUCUUUGACUUCGGUAGCGCAUACUGUAGCCGGAGAGGAGCGGUGCGCAAUUUGUUUGGACGAGUACUCGGAGGGAAGCGAGUUGAGGGUGUUAUUCUGUGGCCAUGAGUUCCAUCCGAAAUGCGUGGAUCCUUGGUUGUUGGCUCAUCGACGCUGCCCUCUCUGCCAAUACGACGUCGUCUACAAGGAGUAUCCGCAAAAUGACGAUACCAAAGCAAGCUCAGACCGGGAUACACCCACCGUACCCUUGUUACGACCUUCGCCCCCAUCCCCAGCACGAGUAGCUCAAGCGGUCGAGACGAGGUUCACUUGCGCCGGGGCGGCCUGGGCGACGGUUUCCGAGAACAAGAUCUGUGCCUCGGAGGAGACCAUUGCGGAGUCGAGAAGCGUUGUUAGGGCCUUUGGGUCAUGUUUCGGGCUACUCCUCCGACGUUUCCUCAUACCC